AUGGCACUUUCCAUUAAAAAAGAGUUGUUUCCUCAACAAUUUUCAACCAAGAUUAGGGUUCUUAUGAUUGAUCAUGAUAUCAAUCUUCUUAAUGCUUUUGAGAAAAUAUGCUUUCAAUUUCAUUACUCAGUCAAGACAUGCUCUAAGGCUUCGGAUGCUUUGAAUCUUUUGAUGGAAAAAAAGAAUAGUUUUGACUUGGUACUAAUUGAAGCUAAAAUGCCUGAUAUGAAUUCAUAUGAAUUUUUGCAACAUGUUACACAACACAUCAAUAUCCCUGUUAUUAUGAUGUGUGCUGAUAACACAAGAAGUGCCGUGAAGAAGGCCAUUGACGAUGGAGCUUGUGAUUAUUGGAUCAAACCUUUGACUGAGAAUCUAAUCCAAAACAUGUGGCAACAUGUUGCAAGGAAAAUUUGGAAACAAAAUAAAAACCUAAAAUUAAGCGACGAAUUGGAGGUUGAAGUCGGUAUGAGAAAAGAGGAGAGAUAUGAUUCAAAUUUGUUGUUGAUUGAUCCAAAAAUAGGAGUGACCGACGAUUCAAAUUUGCCUUUAAUUGAUCCAAGAAUAGGAGUGAUCGACACUAGUGUGAAACAAGAGAGUGUUGAAACGAAUAACGUCAAACCUGAAUCAUCAACAAAGAAGACACGUAUUACAUGGACACCAGAGUUGCAUAAAAAAUUUGUUAGGGCUGUGAUGGAACUCAAUGUUGAUAAGGCAGUACCCAAAAAAAUUCUUGCAAAGAUGAAUGAGUCUGAAUUGACAAAACAACAUGUAGCUAGUCAUCUACAGAAAUAUAGGCUUCAUUUGAAGGAAGGAGGAGAGACAAAGAAACAAAAAAAACAGACAGAAGCUACUACAAAAUUUAAGAGUUCACCAAAUGGAUCUUCAGAAUUUGAUUUUCAAGCUUAUGAUGAUUCUACUUCUCAUGUUGUUCCCAACAAUUUCAUACCAACAAAUUUUCCCCACCAAGCCAACACUUUCAUUCCUUCUGAAUCUAAGAAUAUGGUUAAUGCAGCUGCAGCUGCAGUUAAUUUUUAUCAAACUGAAUUUGAGGAAGAAACUAGUUCAGCUUCUAUCAAUCAGCAUAAUCACAUUGGAUUUGAGACUAAUUCUAUUAUUAAUCCAUCAUUUAUAAAUACUCUUAAUCUGCAUUUUCCAAAUCCGCAUGUUCGAAAUAUGUUCUUAGCCCCGCCCCCUGGCAUAAUCUCUCACCAAAUUCCAAUGACUCAACCUCUUCCAAUGAUUUUUGACAAUUCAAUAUCUUCGCGCGGUGUUUCGCAUUUUUGUGCUGCUGAUAAUAUCAGUGAUACUAAUUCCAAUACAACAAGGUUGGAGGAGCCACAAUCUACUAUCUAUGCUUCAACAAAGGAUCAUCCUUUCUCUUGA